AUGGGUGCUGCGGGGGCUUUGCGCCUUCGCUGGACCGUUCCUCCUGCCACCCUAGUUUUGCUCAGUGGUGGCAUGCUGUACACAGGAGAACGUGCCCAUAUCAAAGCUACACAAUUAUCAUUACAAUCGGAACAAGCAGCGUCUUUCUCUACCUCAUCGGUUCGAUAUGCAGCCAAAAGGCCGAAAGAAAAUACUUCCAAUGGCUCAAAUGGGAACGAUUCGGACAAUAGCUAUGAGGAUGCCGGAUCUGUCUGGACAAACAUCAUGGACAAGUUCUCCAAUGUCACGCAGUCUGUUGGCUCGACUGAAUGGAUGGAGCUUGGGGACAACAUAAAGAAUUACAUAAUCCCAGACUGGACUCGAUUGCUCCCCGACACAGUACAGAAGCUGCGGCGUGAGCUCUCAAUGGCUCCGGGCUCUCUUGCUGAUGACAUCUGGAAGGAAUCUCACGACGCGCAUGCCAACCCAGAGAUCUUGCGAGAAGCCAAAGUGCGUGUUGGGGAAGAUCUCUGUCAAGAAGAGGUUGCGUUUAGACGGAAACGACAAGAACAUGCAGUAAAAGCACUCGCCUCCUACCUGAACAUUUCCGAGGAGGAUAUCAAUCCCCAAGACGUGCCUGUAAUUGCCAUGUGUGGCUCGGGAGGAGGAUUGCGUGCCCUCGUAGCGGGGACUGGAUCGUACCUUGCUGCACAAGAAGCUGGUCUAUGGGACUGUGUCACGUACACCGCAGGUGUCAGUGGAAGCUGCUGGCUGCAGACGCUCUAUCAUUCGUCUAUUACUGGGCGUAAUUUUAACAGAAUGGUGGAUCACCUGAAAAACAGACUUGGGGUGCACAUUGCAUUUCCACCCAAAGCUUUGAAUCUGCUCACAACUGCCCCGACGAACAGAUAUCUCCUCACUGGAUUGGUCGAAAAGUUGAAAGGUGACCCAGGCGCUGACUUUGGCUUGGUGGACAUAUACGGAAUGUUACUGGCCGCAAGACUUCUCGUGCCUCGGGGAGAACUCGGAAUUUUGGAUCGCGACCUCAAGCUGUCUAAUCAGAAGUAUAACCUGGCCAAUGGGGCCCAUCCACUCCCGAUAUACACGGCCGUUCGCCAUGAGAUUCCGGGUAUCGAUGGCGAAGACGGAGAGCAUCGUCAACGCCCUAUGCCGGAAAAGAGGAUUAAAGAAUCAAAAAGCGAAGCAUGGUUUCAAUGGUUUGAGUUCACUCCCUACGAAUUCUUCUGCGAGGAGCUUAGUGCCGGUAUACCGACCUGGGCUCUGGGGAGGCAUUUCAAUAAAGGAAGAGAUGCUAUUCCAGACGGGGAGCUUCCAAUUCCUGAGUUACGCGUUCCGGGUCUGAUGGGGGUUUGGGGCAGCGCAUUUUGUGCGACUUUGUCUCAUUAUUACAAGGAGAUCCGGCCGGUAAUCAAAGGUGUUGCAGGAUUUGGUGGCAUCGAUUCUCUCAUUCAAGGCAAGAAUAGAGAUCUGAUUCGAGUCCAUCCGAUCGAUCCUGCUACUAUACCAAACUAUGUACUUGGAAUGAAAGAUCAACUGCCGUCCUCGUGCCCGGAGUCAAUAUUCAAAAGUAAACAUCUACGGCUUAUGGAUGCGGGGAUGAGCAAUAACCUACCUAUAUACCCGCUCCUCCGGCCAGGGAGGGAUGUCGAUGUCAUUGUUGCCUUCGACGCUUCAGCUGAUAUCAAACGAGAAAACUGGCUCUCCAUCGUCGAUGGCUAUGCGCGACAGAGAGGGGUCAAGGGCUGGCCAGUUGGAGCAGGUUGGCCCAGGAAGGAGGACAAAGAGAAAGAGACCCAAGACAUUCUCCGAGAAGCACAAAAUAUCAGCGAAGAAGAUCUAAAUGCAAAGAUUACAGCGGCACAAAGCAAAGAUCAGCGUUCCCGAACCCAUGGACCAAACUUCCCGAAAGUGACGCAAGCAAAUGAAGAGAUCAAACCAGAUGGGGAACAUACUGUUUCCCAAGACACAGAACUAGGCUACUGUAACGUCUGGGUUGGCACAAUGCAGGAGAGGGUCUCUGGUGAAGAGCCACCCCCGUCAAAGCGCUUAUUCCAUCCCCAUCACAGUGAUCAUUCAGAGUCCGACUUUCACUUGAUGCGCCCAGACGCAGGUAUGGCCGUGGUUUACUUCCCAUUGCUUCCCAACCCGUCUGCCCCCGAACUACCCUCUACUUCCUCACUUUCCAAAUCUCGAAUCCCAUUCCGAAGUUCAGAGAAAGAGUCUUCAACUAAAGUUUCCGAUCCCGCACGACCUCUCGCGCCACAUCCGGGCAACAUUGACCCCGACGUGGAUGAUUUCCUAUCCACCUGGAACUUUGUAUACACCCCAGAACAGAUCGACUCGGUCGUCGGACUUGCCAAAUCGAACUUUUCCCAGGGCGAGGAACAAGUGAAGCGUGUCGUGCGGGCUGUGUAUGAACGAAAGAAAGCAGAUAGACUUCGACGAGAAGAAAAGGAGGAUCGAGAGCGAAUGGCAGGAUUCGUGCCAUUGUAA